GCGGAAGAAGAGGAAGAUGCCGGCUGGUCACGGAAUAAGGGCGAGGACACGGGACCACUUCCAACGCGGUUUCAGGAAGCGCGGCCCCAUCGCGCUCUCCACCCAUCUCCGGGUUCUCCGCGUCAGAGACUAUGUCGACAUCAAGGUCAACGGAUCUGUGCACAAGGGAAUGCCUCACAAGUUCUACCAUGGCCGCACCGGUCGCGUCUGGAACGCCACCAAGCGCGCAGUUGGUGUCGAAGUGAACAAGCAGGUUAGGAACAAGAUCCUGAAAAAGAGGCUUCAUGUCCGCAUAGAGCAUGUUCAAGCAUCCAGGUGUACUGAGGAGUUUAAGCAGAGGGUGAAAGAAAAUGAUCAGCUCAAGGCUGAGGCAAAGGCUAAAGGUGUGGUUAUCA